CUUGGAUUUUUCCUUGAUAGAUUGGACCUUCGAGGUCGUUUUGCUGGCUAUUCGUUCAUUCUAGUGCUUUCCAAGCGAAUUCUUUUUUCUUUUCUUAACUCCCACUAAUUCGAGUGCCUGGGUUUUGUCCGCGGUGGAGUGAUGCGACCAACUCCAGGUUAAGCUCGUGGCCCUUGUCCAUCGACCUAUUCAACCCUAUCACCAACUUCUACUAUACCGAAGAACACCGAGAACGAUAUCACCAAGACAUUUCCGAUCACAACUAUGGAGGAUUCCACCGGUAUCUCGCUCGUGGACAAUACGGACCCCUCGCAACAACCUACGAGCGGAGCAUCCUCACGACAGCAAUCUACACUCGAUCGCCAGAGCACCUUGACAAAACACCUCAGUCGAGCAUCUGUGUCGGGCCAGCUUGCAAAGAGGAAAUAUGCCAAAUGGCAACCGGAAAGACUCGGCCUCGCGUCCGACACGGAGCACUCGUUAAGCAGGGAAUCGUCACGGGCACGAGGUUCGAUCUCCGCAGGAAGCUCCGGAGGCCCAGCAAGUCGACAAUCGUCACGUCAGAGGAAUGGCACUUUCAGUUCAGGCGCCGGCGCUUCAGAAAUUGACACGGCCGAUUUUGCUCCCUUGCGAACACUCAGCACUACUAAUGAGGAUCUCACGCAAGCACCCACCACUGCCGAGGAACCAAAGAUCCUCUCCGAACUAGACAUUCUCUAUGAAAACCAGCGCGGCUGGUUUUUCUUCGGUAUUCCCCUUUACUCGCACAGCUCCCUCCUCAACUUCGACCCCUCCGCCUGGAUGACCCAAGACAAGCGUGCUAGCGCUGUGAAUAUCACCAACGCACAAGUCCCCGAUCCCAGCUGGGAAUGGGCCUGGCGUACCUGGUACGUCGACAUGUCCGGCGAUGUCGAUGAGCAAGGGUGGCAGUAUGCGUUUUCGUUCUCUUCGUCGCAAUGGCACGGCACACACCCCUGGUUCCACUCGUUCGUCCGGCGGCGUCGCUGGGUCCGUCUUCGGACGAAGAUCUCUGAGAGGCGCCACCGUGGUCGGUCGGAGUUUGAAAGAGCUCAUAUGCUGAAUGAGGAUUAUUUCACGAUUCAUUCAUCCAAGGUGCGCAGUCGCGAGCAGAGUGUGAACGGGUUGUCGAGGGUGGAGUCGGGCUUUUUGAGCCGUGUUGGUUCGAAGGUGGAGGAGGAGACGCAUAUGGAGGAAAUCGGGGAUAUCCCGAGUCUGCUACAUGCGCUGAAGCAGACAUCCAUUGAUCGGGAGAGGAUUGAUGCGUUAAAGAAGUUUAUUGAGGAGGGUGGAGAAGAACUAUAUUAUUUGAACGACAAGAUCCCGGAGAUCAUGCCCAUGUUUAUCUUCCAAGCCUCCCGCUGGCAAUUCGUUACUUAUCUCGCAAAACAAACCGAGAAUCUCACUCAACAACUCUCCGACGCGAACAGUGAAGACAAAGAUAGGAUCGAGCGCAGACGUGAUAACCUCGCUCGUGCUGCCGAGUCUGGCAAGGCCCACAUCACGGGCCCAGAUGUCUUUACGGAUACUUAUGGCGAGUCGGGAACUGAGCUUUUGGAUUUGACUCCUGUAUCAAGACAUGAUACGUUAUUGUCGAAACGGGCACAUAUGACCAAUGAGCCAUUGCAUGUGUUGAAGAGCAGGGAAAUCAAGGGAAUUCCGAAGGCGGCGGAGGUUGGGAGGGAGGAUCAUAUUUAUUAAUGCUGUCUUGACCUGUAUGAACAGGUAGAGAAGUAGACUACUACUGCUAUUCGGCGCUUUCAUAUCAUCAUAUUCAAGUAAAACACGAUGUCGAUUGGAGAAGAACUAGCGGGACCAAAGAUAGAAAAAGGAAGUAUUGGUAGCAGGAAGAAG